CUUGGAUCGCAAGGCCCAGCUCCAGCUGCCUCCUCGUACAGCUCUGGCCCACCGAAACGUCUUUUUGCCGGUACAUCUUUUUUUAGCUUUAUGCGCAGAAGCUCUGGUUUUCAUCAGAAUAAAACGGAAGGCUCUAUCAAGUUGAACAUACCGAAUCUUUCCAAUCUACGUGCGAAGGUCAACACAUCGUUCCAUCAUAUCGCCAAUUUACCUUGGCGUUUGGCUGCGAAGACAGAGUGCACAAAGCGAACAUCACAUGUGAAGUUCUUCUCUGUGUAUAUCGACUGUAAUCCCGAGAGUGAAAGCACGUUAUGGUCGUGUGAUGCUGUUGUCGAGUUCCGUUUGCUUUCGCAACGUCCCGAUGUGCCUCAUUUUUCACGACAGGUGAGUUUUCAUGAAAUGUAUGCCAGUCCAGCGCGAACAUUUACCUUUGCUUUGCAUUUGUUAGUUCCACAUGCAGCCCGAAUGUGCUAUUACAUUGCACGUUUAUUUCAGUAUCUCUCGUUGUACUCGCCAGUGUUCUAUGCACUGUUCUUCGGUAAAUUCAGUGAAAGGGAUAAAAGAGAAAUUCCUGUAGAAGAUGUUAUAUUGGACGAGUUCAUCGAGCUUCUCAACGUCGUCUAUCCCAGCCACAAGCCAAUCUCCACUGACAACGUGGAGUUCCUUCUGGAAUUGGGCGACAAAUUUGAGAUACAGUUUGUAAUUGACGAAUGUGAACGUUACCUUAUUUCCACUGAAGACAUUCCUAUCGUUACGAAGCUUGUCUGGGCAGAUCAAUAUUGUCUAGCGAAGCUGCAGGACGCAUGUGUUCGUACGUUCAAAUGUGUCAACGAUAUCAAGGCAUUGAAACUUACCGAAGAAUACAAAAAUCUCAGCGAUACUACAAAAGCAGCAUUAUUAGAGAAGAUAUUCAAAAUAUUGAAGGAUUAA